UAGCUGUCACACUUGUAGUGGUAAAAUUCGAGUUUUUGUCUUUAUAUUACAAAACCGGACGUUACAUCAAUACAAACACGUAAAGUUAGGUUGAAUUGUAAAGCGAAUAUUAACGAAAGCAUUAUAUGCUGAGUUAGGGUGUGUGAACUCCUUUUGCCUCUGAUGUGCUGAGCGUUGCUUGUUAUCUCUGCUUUUGCGGCUCUAGCUAACCGCUCUGGUUUUCAUCAGCCCGCUGAUCUAGCAGCAUCAGAUCAAUGUUAUGGAGUUGCAGAGCGACAUCUCCUACCGUUAAAUGUGAAGCUACGUCAACAUACAGUUGAGUUCAGAACAACCGGUGCUGUAGUUGGAAGUGGUUCUCGUGGCAUGACUACUACAAACAAGGGAAACAAAGCCUUGAAGGUGAAGCGGGAGCCGGGGGAGAAUGGGACUAGCCUCACAGAUGAUGAGCUGGUGACAAUGUCUGUGCGCGAACUCAACCAGCACCUGCGCGGCCUCACCAAGGACGAGAUCCUACAGCUCAAACAGCGGCGGCGCACCCUGAAGAACCGUGGCUACGCCGCCAGCUGCCGGGUGAAACGCGUCACCCAGAAGGAGGAGCUGGAGAAGCAGAAGGCCCAGCUCCAGCAUGAGGUGGACAAGCUCGCCACGGAGAACGCCAGCAUGAAGCUGGAGCUGGACGCGCUGCGCUCCAAAUACGAGGCGCUUCAGAGCUUCGCCAGAACUGUGACGCGCAGCCCGGCCUCGGCCGCAGCCUUGACCCCAGGGGGUCGGGCCCUCGGGGGGGUUAUUGGGCCCAUGGUCCCUGGGAAGGUUGCCACGGCCACUAGUGUCAUCACCAUCAUCAAGUCCAAGACGGGGGCCAGGUCGUAGUAUCAGGGCGGGGAUAUCCGUUAGACUAUGACGGAAGUGUGUACUGUAGUCAGUGCAUUAUAAUCAAGCACAGGAUUGGUUGCCUUGUCUUCAAUAUUACCUUGGUACUAGCUACUAUUUACACUUCAACCUCAUCAGAUCACCCUUACUAAACUGUUGUCCUGUUCCGCCUUGCUCUCAAUAGAUCAUACACCGUACAAGCAGAAAACUUUACUGACCCUCUUCUUGUUUUCACACGAUGGUUAAAUAUCCCAAUUUGUUGUUUCCUCUGUUUCAAGUCUCUUCUGGGUGGUAGUUUUGACAUGCACACCUUCAUAACCUCUAGCCAGUUCCAGAUAAGCUUUCCCAAAUGUGACUGCACUUACCAGGCCAAGCUACAAGCCACGCUACCAGCCUGUGGCGGUUUUAAUGCACUGACUACUAAGAGAAGAAGGAAAUGGUGUCAAACUCGUACUGUAUGUUAUCGAUGUCUUGUGAGCAACCUUCAGUAAGGAACAGUAACUCACCCAUCCGACCAGUUAAUGUGAUUUUUAGUUGAUUAACAAAACAAAACAGGAAAUACUGUUAACGAGUUGAUCAUUUAUUUCGGUUCAAUCCAGCCUGUCACAGAACUUUGUGAACAGGUGAUGCAAUAAUAUACGUAUGCACUGAAAAAUACAAAAGGUCUCUUAAAAAGUUAAUAUAUGUGAAAUCAGUCAAUCUGAUUGGCAAAAUAAUGUGAUAGCAUACUUAGUGCUUGAUAUGGGUUAUUAAUAAUAAUAAUAAUAUAAUACUAUUAAUAAUAGGUGUUAUGCUGGAGUUGACAAUGCCAUGUCAAGAUUACAAAAUUUCUUCUCUCUCCACUAUCUGAAAAUCAGAAUGUUUUUACAGGAUCUGAUAAUGUUUUUGGGGUAAAAUAUUUAAUCCUUAAAACAUUUCAAUCUAGAUUUUUGCUCCAUCGAGUAAAUGCAUUUAAAGUGUUUUGCAGAAGUAUUUUCUUUGUGUGUUAAUUAAUAACCUGUGAACAGGCUAGUCACAUAUUUCCAAAAGAAUAUUCACACAAGCUUUACUGUGUAAUUGUCAACAUGUGUGUGUAUUCUAGAAGUCUUUGUCUAACUUGGAGUUCUUGAUUUUUAUGGAUGCAUAGAAAAGUAUCAUGCAUUGUUUAUAGAAACAUUGAAAAAGAAAACGUAAAACAAAAAACCUGUGAUAUCCUUUUUGCAAUUGUACCAAAAGUGGCUUACUAUUGAAGUCUGAUAGCUUUUUCUAGUGGCUAGACGCGUACUGUGUGAGGUAGCGCGUGACGUGAUGUGUCUAAGUGACAGUUGGCAGUGUCGUUCACUGUAUAGAUGUCAUGCUGUGCUAUUUUAUAGUAGGCCUAAGAUAGCCUAGGUGGUGUAAACAACGAGAUCUACUGUCUUCAUCCAUAUUGACCUCUGUGAUGUAGCUCUUCUCAACCAGCUGUCAUUCAGAAAGGUUGUUUGAGUCGGCAAUGCGAAGCAAGCAUAGAUGAUUUUAAAUGAUGACCGGGUGAAAUUUAAAUCCCAGUAUGUUAAGUGGCCCUUUUUCAACUCUGGUUUCCACUGAUUAAGAUAUUAAAAAGUGUUGUCUUAUUCAUUUACCAAAGUGGGUUACUUGUAAUUUGUGAAUAUAAAAAUGACUUAAGGAUAAUGGAUACAUUGCCUCAAAACGGUUUCAGAAUGAGCAAAAUAUGGAUAUGUAUCAUGAAGUUUACCUUAAAAAAUAACUUUUCGUAAUAACUAUGAGAGUUCUUAGCAUGCAACGUCAUACAGGUGAUUUAACAGCUCAUCGUCAAACAUGCACUAAUCACCUGGUUGUUUUGUUCAGGACUGAACAAGGGUGCCCUUAAAAUGUUUCUUAUUAUUUUCAGUUUUGUAGGGGUGGCAGCCCUGUUCAUGGUCACUCAUUUACAAUUCCAUGUUCUAAAAGGGCUUUUGUUCACACAUACAAGGAAGACAUGGUAAGACGUCUUAAAGUUCCUAUCAGAAACUGCUGCCAGCAAUGCUUCUUACAUGCUCCUUAAGUUUCAUUCUUUCUUUUGAUCAUGUACAGGAUCAAUUAUCAUUCAAAGGUGAAAGUGUAUUUGUAAUCACUUUACAGGAUACAGUUAGUGUUGUAUAAUUUUUGUGAAAUUGCAUUAGCCUGGAAUAACUAAUAUGAUUCAGUCUUUAAACAGACAAUAUAGUCUUCAGCUUAAUUUAGCGGUUGCUUGCUAAAAAGUGAUGGCCGCACCAUGCAAAAUCAUAGUUUUAUAUUCUAACAAAACCCUUUUAGGCGUUGAUUAGGUCAUAAAAGGUUGAUGACUGCACAUUUCCAACAAUCUUUAGCAUUGUUGUCUAGGUUGUAGUGGCAAAGGUUGUAUGUUUGUAACUGUUUGAAGAAAUCAGAACCACGUAUACAUUUUAUCUUCUUAGACUACUUUCAGGUGAGCAAUCCUUAAAGUACUUGUCUGGUGUUUUUAUAUGUCUAUGAAAUAUUAGCAAUAAUUACUAAUGUUUCGUAUUUCUUUAUUCAUUAAGGCCAUACAAAUAUAAUUAACUGUUUUAAAGAUUAAUUUGCUGG